AUGAAGCUAUUAAACUUAAUGUGCAUCGUAAUUUUAUGCCGGACCAUAUCAUUUAGUUUAAAAUCUACCAAUGAAGCAGAGGACUACUUUUACUUUAACAUUCUGUAUGACAUACCAAUACAGUAUCAGUAUAUAAUGCGAGCUGGUUAUUCACCUGGUCAAUUCGGAACAGAACAAAAUACCAUCAUUAUACCACCAGAAAGUCAUGGAAAAAGCAAAUUAAUCGAAUUGUAUACUAAUAUAAACGAAUACGAAAAAUUCAUUAACAGUAAUCAUAUGAGAACAAACAAUUUUCAUUAUAAGUUUUAUCAAACUUUAAUUAAACUUCAUAAAUUAAAAUUACAAACUCAUGAAAUAAACAAACAUUUUUAUGAAUAUUUAAUCCCUAAUCGAUCAAAUACAAGAAUACAAUUUAUAAUGUAUUACUGUACAGCGUUGCUGGACUUUAAUGAACAUUCGAAUGGAGAUUAUGCCAACUCUACGACUACUAUUUCAGCUAAAAGAUUUCGAUUAAUCGUUCGACAGGAUAUACAUCAGUUUUGUCCUAAAGCAUGUGCAUAUCGUGGAGGUCCAGGAUUUAAUAUUAAGCAUAAAACCGAAUUAAACCGUUAUACCAGUUUGUGUAAUUUCCCAAAACAUUUUAUGACAGUUUCAUCACAACGAUGCAUUGAACAAAAUAAUGUUGGAUUAGUAAAUCUUCAAAGCUUUAAAUGUGAUUGUUCAAAUGGUUUUAUAUGGAAAGAACAAGUGAAAGCAUGUUAUUUACCAUAUGGUUGGCGUCAAAAAGCUGAAAGAUUGAAAUGGAUAGUUAAUACAAAACGAAGUGAUCAAUUCAUAUACUACGCACAAAAUAAUUGUUCACGUAUUGGAACAAAAUUUAUACAACCUAUAGAAAUUCAUACCAAAAAUUCAAAUAAACCAAAUUAUGAUAAAUUGCAUCAUACUGAAAGAUGUAUUUGUAAAGAUGAAUUCUAUGGAACAAAUUGUGAUCAAAAAAAAGAUCCAUGUAAGAUGAGAAUCGGAGAUGUACUAAUGGGUGAUAUUGCUUGUCGAACAAUAGAUGGAAAUAAAUGUAUUCCUCACGAAGAAUUCGGUACUUAUACAUGUCAGUGUAUAACGGGUUUUAGAAAAUUGACCAAUUCAUCAUUACUACCCAGAAAACGGGUAUCGGAUAAUUGUUUGGUUCUUGUUGAUCCAUGUAUAGUUAAGCCAUGUAAACAUGGUAUUUGUGUCAUAAGUGAAUACGACUCAGCCAAUGAAGCAAAACCCAGAUUUAAAGAUACAUCAUUCUCAUGGUUUGAAAAUGAACCCCACCUAAUUUCUCGUUGUAUAUGUAACAAUGGAUGGAAAGGAGAACGGUGCGAUUCACCCAUAUCAAUAAAUGUUUGGUCGCCUUGGUCACAAUGGUCUUUUGGUGCACCAUCAUAUCAUUCAUCAUUCAAACAGAUACUGACAAAUAAUUUUUCCGAAAAUAAGGGAUACAGUAUGAUCUUAAAUAAAGGGGAAAUCAGGCAAAGGAGUCGGUACAGAGAAUUUUUGAGUAAAGCAUCUGACUGUGAGCAAGAAGAAAUAAUUAUUGCUGGUUAUCGAUGGCUGCUUACGAAGAAUGAAGAGAUGUGGCAACAUUAUGAAAACCAGGCAUCUAGAACGCAACCAUAUAAUCAACACUUGUGUUUAACCUCAGGAAUUAGUGAAACUCAAUUAUCUCAUCUUUUACGACAGUUAAUCCGUGGUGAAUUUCAUUGGUUUGCUUAUUAUGAAUCCUUCUUUCUAUAUAUUCUAGGAUGAAAUCCUAUAUCAACCUGACACUAUUUUGUUUUUGACCAUGUUAACAUUUGUAGUUAUUUUCACUGUAUUGAAAAUUGUACUUAGCAGCCUAACCGGUAAGAUAUGUGGUCGAUGUACAUGAUUUUUCUAUUGAAUUUUAUAUAUUAUCAAUCAAACAUCUGUAAAUUGUCAUAUUACAGCAAAAACGCUUAUGAAAUCUC